AUGGACGACGACGAUUUCGGGGCCGAUGAUGAUUUUAUUCAGGCACUUGCAGGGGUUGACGCUGGGCCUUCGCGAAGUUCUCGGCCACAACAGCAGCAGCAGCAGCAACAGGUGCAGAUCCAACGUGUAGCAGCAGGAGCAUCCUCAAGGAUCCAGCAACCGACUCCGCAGCGCAUCCAACAACCCACGCCGCAGCGAGUCGAUAAAGCUCCGCCCCCGGCUGCAAAUGGCGGCGCCGCCAAGAUCGUGCAACCGACGCCGCAGGCACUCCCGUCCAAGUCGUCCGGGUCCUCGAUUCUUGUGUCACCUAGGCAGAAGAGCAACCCGGUGCUCGAGUGGAUCAAGUCGGUCCCCUGGGAAUAUAGCGAUAUUCCAGCGGAUUAUGUGCUCGGCUUGACGACAUGCGCCCUGUUCCUAAGCCUCAAGUACCACAGGCUGCACCCAGAGUACAUAUACACUCGUAUCCGCAACCUGCAGGGCAAGUUCAACAUGCGCAUCCUGCUCACCAUGGUCGACAUACCGAACCACGAGGAGGCACUACGGGAGCUGUCCAAGACGUCCCUGGUCAACGACGUGACGCUGAUGCUGUGCUGGUCGUCGCACGAGGCGGCCCGCUACCUGGAGCUGUACAAGUCGUACGAGCACGCGAGCUUCGCGGCCAUCCGCGCUCCCCCAGCAACAGGCUACGCCGAAAAGUUGGUCGAGUUCGUGACCGUGCCGCGCGCCAUCAACAAGGCCGACGCCGUAGCUCUGGUCAGCACCUUUGGCAGCCUGAGGAACGCCAUCAACGCCGACCCGGAUCAGGUCGCCGCCGUGAGCGGCUGGGGCGAGCGCAAGGUCAAGGCCUGGUGCAAGGUAGUUGAGCAGCCUUUCAGGGUCAAGAAGGCCGGGGCGGCGAGGAAGAAGGGUAUCGCCGCGGUGCCGCUGAGGGAGAGUGUGGGUGGCAGCCGCGCAGGGUCGACGCAGCAGGCGCGCAUGUCGAGCCAGACUCAGAUUUGGAACCUGAACAUCGCCGAUGUGGACGAUGAGGAUGCCAUGCUCGAGGCGGCCCUCGAGGAGUCUCGGAGGAUGUCAGGCAUGGAAAACGACAGCGCGUUGCAGAACGAGGAUACGAACGCCACAGAAGGAGUCGAAGGCAGUAGCAGCAGCGCUGGUGCUACCGAGGCGGCUCCCAAGAACAAAGAGCAACUCAGCGACGGGAUAGCAGCGGCCUUGGCGAGGCUGCGUGAAAACGGUUGA